GCGGAGGUGCGCCCCGCCCCGCCCAGCCCGCGCUGGGCCGGGUGAAUGGGCGAGGAGCUCGGGAGGGAGGGAGCCAGCCCGCCCGCCGGGGUGCAGCGCUCGCCCCUCCGGCCGUGGUGCCGGCGCGCAGCGCGCUCCGCUCCGAUCUGAGAGGUUUGGAUUCAUAAUCAGGCAAGAUAAAGUGUCUCGCCUGCUUCUGUAAGAGCUGGUUAAAUGUUUACAGAUCAUACACUGCAAGAGCAAAAAGCCAGCCUUUGGCAGGAGCUGCACACUGAAAACAAACUAUGGCAGGCUACGUGAGAGGAGGAGCUCUGAAUGCACAGCGUGCUUGUAGCUGCUGGGAGAGAUGAGAGCCAGGCAGGAGGAUUAAAUCUCUGACAAUGAAGCCUUUUACUGCAUAUCCUUCUGGGUUUAUUGUAUUCCUGUUUGCCUUGCUGCAAAGGAGCCAUGGACAAUGUAAAGAAGCAGCUAAAAAAUCAGAGAUGAAUUUGACUGUAAAUUAUGAUCUUCCUAACUUCAUCGCAGAAACACCGAUUCAGAAUGUAGUUUUAUACAAGCAUCAUGUUUAUAUUGGAGCAAUCAACAAGAUUUAUGUGCUAAAUGAAACCCUCCAGAACAUUUCUGUGUAUAAGACUGGGCCCAUUUUGGAGAACCCUGACUGCUCACCGUGUGAAGACUGCAGAGAUAAAGCCAAUCUUUCUAACAGCGUAUGGAAGGAUAAUGUCAACAUGGCUCUGCUCUUAGAAACUUAUUAUGAUGAUCAGCUCAUCAGCUGUGGUAGUAUGUCUGGAGGCAUCUGCCACCGCCACAUCAUUCACCCUGACAACCCUGCUGACAUUGAAAGUGAGGUGCACUGCAUGUAUUCUCCUCGGGUGGACGGAGAACCUGAAAAUUGUCCUGACUGUGUUGUAAGCACUUUAGGAACCAAAGUUUUGGUGACCGAAAAGGACAGGUUUGUCAACUUCUUUGUUGGAAAUACCGUAUCUUCCACAUUUCAACCUCCCCGUGUGCUACAUUCAAUAUCUGUUAGAAGGCUAAAAGAAACACAGGAUGGUUUUGAAUUUCUCACAGAUCAGUCUUACAUAGAUAUCCUCCCUCAGUUCCGCGACUCAUAUCCCAUAAGGUAUGUCCAUGCCUUUGAAAACGAUCACUUUGUCUAUUUUCUGACUGUCCAGAGAGAAUCUCUGGACUCCCAGGCUUUUCACACUAGAAUUAUCCGCUUCUGCACUUUAGACUCAGAGAUGCGUUCAUACAUGGAAAUGCCUCUUGAGUGUAUUUUUACCGAAAAGCGGAGAAGGAGGUCCAUCCGAAAGGAGGUAUUCAACAUUUUGCAAGCUGCCUAUGUAAGCAAGCCGGGGGCAGCCCUAGCCUAUGAAAUGGGCCUUGGGUUGAAUGAUGAUAUUCUCUAUGGUGUUUUUGCACAAAGCAAGCCAGACUCCUCCGAACCGACCAACAGAUCUGCUGUCUGCGCCGUCUCUGUGCGAACCAUCAACGAGUUCUUCAACAAGAUUGUCGACAAGCAGAAUAUGAAAUGUCUCCAGCACUUUUAUGGGAAAGAGAGCAAAUACUGCUUGAACAGGGCCUUUUCAAGAAAUGCUUCAUACUGCAGAGCACAAGAUGAUGAAUAUCGCUUAGAAGUUACGACUCCCUUGCAGAGGGUUGACUUGUUCAUGGGCCAGUUCAACAGUGUCCUCUUAACUUCAAUAUCUGUCUUCACCAAAGGGAACCUUACUGUUGCUAAUCUGGGAACUUCAGAGGGCCGCUUCAUGCAGAUAGUGGUUUCCCGUUCAGAACCCACGGCUCCACAUGUCAGCUUUCAGCUUGACUCCCACCCCGUCUCUCCCCAAGUUGUCGUCAAGAAUUCAUUAGCAGAUGAUGGCUAUACCCUGGUAGUGACUGGGAAAAAGGUAACAAAGAUCCCACUGAAGGGGCCAGGCUGCCAUCACUUCAGGUCCUGCAGUCAGUGCCUGCUGGCACCUCCCUUCAUGGAGUGUGGCUGGUGUGGCCAGCAGUGCCUCCGGUCUGCCGCCUGCGCCAGCGGCACCUGGACCCAGGAGACCUGCUUGCCUAAAGUUUAUGAGAUUCUCCCGAGCAGCGCUCCCUUAGAAGGCGGGACAAAACUGACGCUGUGUGGAUGGGACUUUGGAUUCAGCAAAAACAGUAGAUUUGAAUUGAAAAAUACAGCAGUACACAUCGGAGGACAAAUUUGUGCCCUGGAAGCAAAAUCUAGUAACAAAAACAAGUUGGAAUGCACAGUUCCCGCUGCAAAAAAUCCAAGUUUUAAUAUAUCCAGUAGUGUUUCUGUUGGACAUGGCAAAACGCUAUUCAAUACAUUUUCAUAUGUGAACCCUGUAAUAACAAGUAUCUCUCCCACCUAUGGCCCCAAAUCUGGAGGAACAUUGCUUACUGUAUCUGGAAAAUACCUAAACAGUGGAAAAAACAGAAGGAUUUUUGUUGGUGAGAAGCUGUGCACCUUGCAAAGUGUAUCAGCGAGCACUGUGGAGUGCUACACUCCGGCACAACGAAUUCCCCAGGAAUAUCGUGUGAGGGUAGGAAUCGACAAAGCCAUUCGAGACGCGAGCGCCCAUUUCACAUACAGAGAAGACCCUGUUGUUUUAAAAAUUCAUCCGGCCAAAUCUUUUCUUAGCGGUGGAAGUACAAUCACAGCUCAGGGAAUCAACUUGAACUCAGUGUGCUUUCCUCAGAUGGUGAUUACUGUACCUAAACUGGGAAUGAACUUCUCUGUGCCAUGUAGCCACCGCUCCAACUCAGAGAUAAUCUGCUGUACAACUCCUUCACUGAAAGCCUUCAAUCUCCAGCCACCCUUUGUAACCAAAGUGUUCUUUAUUUUUGAUGGUGUCAGCUCUUUGUAUUUUGAUUUUGAUUAUGUAAAUAAUCCUGUAUUUAAGCAUUUUGAAAAGCCAGUGUUCAUCUCAAGAGGCAACCAUAACGUUCUGGAAAUUAAGGGAAAUUAUAUUGAUUCAGAAGCUGUUAAAGGAGAGGUGCUAAAAGUUGGAAAUAAAAGCUGCGAAAACCUCCUCCUGCAAUCAGAAUCCAUUCUGUGUACAGUUCCCAGCGAUCUCCUGAAAUCCAACAGUGAGCUAAAUAUAGAGUGGAAGCAAGAAGUUUUGUCAACAGUUAUCGGAAAAGUGCUGAUCCAGCAAGAUCAGAAUUUCACAGGACUGAUUGCUGGACUAGUUUCAACAGCAGCUUUGAUAUUUAUCGUUUUUGUGAUUUUCAUCUGGAGAAGGAAGAAGAAACAAAUUAAAGAUCUGGGAAGUGACCUAGUGCGCUAUGAUGGCAGAGUGCACACCCCUCACCUGGACAGGCUGGUGAGCGCGAGGAGCGUAAGUCCAACCACAGAAAUGGUUUCAAGCGAAUCUGUAGACUACAGAUCAACUUUUCUAGAAGAUCAGUUUCCAAGCAUAUCUCAGAAUGGAUCGUGCAGACCCGCCCAGUAUCCUCACUCUGACCUCUCCCCAAUCCUGUCUAGUGGGGACUCAGAUUUAGCCAGUCCACUUCUCCAGACUAAUGUCCACAUUGACAUCAGUGCCUUAAAUCCUGACCUGGUCAAAGAAGUGCAGCAUGUGGUUAUUGGUGCUGACAGCCUGAUCGUGCACUUCAGCGAAGUAAUAGGAAGAGGACAUUUUGGGUGUGUGUACCAUGGGACAUUGCUGGAUAACGAUGGCAGGAAAAUUCAUUGUGCUGUGAAGUCACUGAACAGGAUAACAGACCUGGAAGAAGUAGCUCAGUUUCUGAAAGAAGGAAUAAUAAUGAAAGAUUUCACUCAUCCCAAUGUUCUAUCUCUUCUGGGCAUCUGUUUGCCCAAUGAAGGAUCCCCCUUGGUUGUUCUUCCAUACAUGAAACAUGGAGAUCUUCGAAACUUCAUUAGGAAUGAGACUCAUAACCCAACAGUAAAAGAUUUAAUUGGAUUUGGCCUUCAGGUCGCAAAAGGGAUGAAAUACCUUGCAAGCAAAAAGUUUGUCCAUAGAGAUUUGGCAGCAAGAAACUGUAUGUUGGAUGAAAAAUUCACUGUCAAGGUUGCUGAUUUUGGUCUUGCUCGAGAUGUCUAUGAUAAAGAAUACUACAGCGUACACAAUAAAACAGGUGCUAAACUGCCAGUGAAAUGGAUGGCUUUAGAAAGUUUACAAACUCAGAAGUUCACAACAAAGUCAGAUGUGUGGUCCUUUGGUGUGUUGUUAUGGGAACUUAUGACACGAGGGGCACCACCUUAUCCUGAUGUAAAUUCUUUUGAUAUAACUGUUUACUUACUACAAGGAAGAAGGCUGCUGCAACCUGAAUACUGCCCCGACCCACUGUAUGAAGUCAUGCUGAAGUGCUGGCAUCCCAAACCUGAGAUGCGUCCAGCAUUUUCUGAACUUGUUUCAAAAAUAUCAACAAUCUUCUCCACUUUUAUUGGGGAACACUACGUUCAUGUCAAUGCUACUUAUGUCAACGUGAAGUGCGUUGCGCCCUAUCCUUCUCUUCUGUCAUCGCAAGACAACACAGAUAUGGAUGUUGACACAUGACGGGUCAUGAACUGAGUAUUCCGAGCAUCGAAGAAAGACACAGGAAAUCUAAGGAUUUUGCCAGACCAAUUACUAAAAACAUUUACAAGAAAUUGUGAUCUCACAGGCAGCAGGGAGGGUUCAGAGCAACCGACUACACCAGCCCAGAGGAGAUCAGUCUCUCACCCUGGAACUGGAACUGACAUUAAACCUGAGCUUGCCUGUUGAAAUCCCAAUCCACCUGCUAACGCUCUAGGUGUGAUCAUUUCCAGUGAGGAUGCCAAAAGACUUUUUCUGAUUGCAGUCAAGCUCUUGUGGCCACUCCACGACCUCCUGGGGGACAGAGAGAAAAGGUUUCUGUUUUGUAAGGAAUACUGCUUUCCUGGCUGCUGUUUUAUUAACUUUGGUGCUUUCCUUCCCAGAGCCAGCAGCCUCCUCGCAAUAUACCAUGCCCGGGGAAAGACCCUCAGCUGAGGGUAAAUCCCUGCCAAAGUCAGUCCUUGGAGAACCUCCUGGCUAAAAAGCAAUCAGGUGCAGUCUAGCUGAAUCACGCUUAACCAGGAGACUCUGCCAUGCAGACCCUGCUGGACUUCUGUUUUUUCAGUUGUUAGCUUAUCUGGGGUUACAGGGAAGAGGAGAUUUCUCACUGUCACCUCAGCUCUUCCUUCCCAGCUCUGGAGUUGACACAGAAAAGCCUCUAGCAGCACACUGACCCUCUGGUCUGCAUCCUUAUGAGGCUCCUGAGGUCAAAGGAGCACAGCUGUGGUUAGGGAUUCAAGUGAAUAUAGCCAGAAACUGUAAAUCAGGCUUGAUAAGAUUUUGUUUGCACAAUCCAAGGUAAGACACCAAAGAAGAGUGAUUUAUUUAAUCUGGUUUCCAUGCGCCAUUCUCUUUCAGUAGUAAGUACUUUGCACAGCCUAGUGCCACUAGGAGGUUCAUUAGUAUCUGAUGAACGUCUUCUCACAUACAUCACGACAAUUCAGCAUGGAAUUUAUCCUUGCUCCAGCCUCUGAGGCCCUGUGCAUUUCUACAAACACUACAUAUUAACACUUUCCAGAGUUCUAAUUGCCAAGCGUAUGUUGAUCCCGUCUCUGGUACAAAUGACAGCUGAAUAUCCUCCUUUAGGAUGUGAAAAGUGUUAUUGCCAAAAACUCUAGGGUGCAUGACCAAACAUGGACACCUCAGCUGCUGUGAGGUUGGAGCUCACUGGGGCAGUUGGCAUGCUUUGCAAGCGCGACAAAACUGAACACCAACGCUAAAAAUACAGAUUGAGCUUUAAUUAGGAAGGCAAAAAGGCCUUCAGACAACAGUGGUACAUUCCCUAUCUUUUGUGCAGCUCAGAAAAAAGUAAAGGCAGUUUAAGAGAGGCAGCAGCCUGCUGAGGUCAUGGUGCAGGAUUCAUGCAAACACAUGCAAUGAUGUGACAACACACAUACCCUGCUCAGCAAGUGGGACGUAGCAAGGAGUGAGUCACAGCCAACUCCAAUUAUAUGCUAACGGUUUUCUCAGAAUAGCUCUUUCUUAGAAGAGGUUACAGCUACAGGAAGAACAACCAUCUUCAGAAGUCAAAAAGCCUCUCACUGUGUAAAUGUUGCAUUCUGUAGAGAAAUGUAAUUAUCUGCAUAUCUUCUUCAUUCAUUGGCAGUUACUGGAAGCGUAUCUAUUGAAGUUAGCUUGUCUGUAAAGUUACUGGUCAUGACUGUGGCCUAUACCUGCCACCUGGUCACAAGAGCCAGAACAGCAGUCAAAGUAUUUUCCUCAGAGGUCAACAGUUCAAUAGCAGUCAAUGCUCCAGCUUUGCUCAUGUCCUCUGUACGCCUCCAAGUACCAGAUUGUUGCAGCUAUCGGCAGAACUUUUGAACAGCAGCUCUGAAUCACGUGGGAAGGGGGUAGAAGUUUGUCAGGUCCACAGUCCCCAUGAGAGUGGAAUCAUGUCACUGAAGUGAUAAAAACAAACUCACCUCAUUGACACGUGUAACCUGGGCUGCUAUAGAAAGAGCAGGUAAAUAAAGGGCACCUAGGUCAGGACUAUUUCUCUUUUGUUUUCUGAAUAUUAAAUUUACUUGAAAAUGUCCUGGAAAAAUACUUGUACAUCCGCAACUACAGCAAUAAAAUGUAUUUGCUACAUGUCUUGAUAUGAACUUAUAGCAGCAGGAUUUUCUUAACACCACCACAUAAAUACAAAGUAAGUUAUUUUAAAAUAUGUUUAAGGCUAUGUUAUAUGUCUAGGAGAGUGAAUCAGCCAGCUUA